AUGGCGACUCCACAAAGACUGCUCCGCUCUCCAGAACCCUCAACCACGUGCUCUCCGACCACCACUCCCUCCUCCGCUCCAACUUCGCUGCAUCGCUGCGCUCCACAUCACCAUGCCAACGAUACUGAAGUUAAGCGGGCAGUUUGUCUCUCUGUGCACACCCCAUGGAGAGACAAAAUAGGCGGAGAGGUGUACAGGCUGUACGACGUAGGGGGUCAAAGAAGUGAGAGGAGGAAGUGGAUUCAUCUCUUUGAAGGUGUUAACGUCGUUAUAACUUGUGCAGCCAUUAGAGAGUACGAUCAUUUGUUACUUGAGGACAAGACGCCGAACAGAAUGAUGGAGACCAAGGAGCUGUUCGACUGGGUGUUAAAGCAAAGAUGUUUGGAGAAAACAUCAUUCAUGCUGUUCCUCAACAAAUUCGACAUAUUCGAGAGGAAAAUACAAAAGGUCUCUUUGACCGUGUGCGAGUGGUUUAAAGACUAUGAGCCGAUUGCGCCUGGCAAAGUACAGGAUGUGGAACAUCCCUAUGAGUUUGUGAAGAAGAAGUUUGAGGAGGUCUUCAAGAGCAGCAAGCACGACCAUAUUGACCGGGUGUUCAAGAUCUAUAAAACGAUGGCGUUGGACCGGAAACUUUUAAAGAAGACGUUCAGGCUGAUCGACAAGAGCAUGAGACGCUCAAAGGAGGGAAACAGGAGCGUGAUUGAUCAUUCUGUGCUUAAAUUUAAGUGGAACUUUUCUCACUAA